AUGGCAUUGAACCAGCGUCCCACAUCCAGUCAUCAGCCUUGCGAUACCUUCUUCGUCGAAGAUGAUGUAACCCGUCGUGUCGACCCCAAGGAACAUGCCAAGCUCAUUGCUCGGGAGCGUCAGUAUGCUAUUGCCGACCAGCUCUCGACCGUCGCCAAGGAUGAGUACCUGGAUGAUGUGCUGGCCCAUAUGCUAGAGAUGGAUGCUGCCACCCUGCCCGAUGUCGAGUCGAUCGAUAUCCAGACGGAGAUCCAAUGGUUCAUGCGUCCGUAUCUCCUCGACUUCCUGAUCGAAGCCCAUGCCGCGUUCCAGCUUCUUCCCUCCACGUUGUUCCUGACCAUCAAUCUCCUGGACAGGUACUGCUCGAAGCGGGUGGUGUACAAGCGGCAUUAUCAAUUGGUUGGCUGUGCGGCCCUUCUCAUUGCGGCCAAGUACGGUGACAAGAAGGAGCACGUGCCCACGAUCCGGGAGCUGAAGUCGAUGUGCUGCUCGCUGUAUGACGAUGACAUGUUUCUCCAGAUGGAGUGGCACGUGCUGCAGACGCUCGGUUGGACCAUCGGGCACCCCACGGUUGACAGCUUCCUGAACAUCGCGCUGCUGGAUGUCCCCUACGACCCGGAAGUGGAGCAUCUCGCCAUGUACAUCCUCGAGAUCGCUCUCUUCCACCGGGAGUUCGUGUCCAAGCCCUCGGCGGACCUUGCCAAAGCGGCCCUGGCGCUCUCUCGCUGCAUCCUGAACCGGCCUCAGCCUCGCCACACGGAAUGGGCGUCGGACUACGAUUCGGCAACGUUGGUGGGAUUGUCGCAGCAGCUGCACCACCCGUCGCAGGUCCUGUACCGGAAAUACUCGUCGGCCCACUACUCGCGGAUAUCCAAGCUGCUGGAACAGUUCCUGGCGCGGCAGGCGUCCAUUGCCAGCUCGUACACACCCCCAACCCCGCCCAGCGAGACACCGGCCGAGUCCAACAACAAACCGUAUGCAGGCGAGGUUGGCUUGGCCACACCGCAGAAGUCUCAAUACCCGAAUGGGUAUCUCACGCCGCCAAUCACGCCGGAGAAUGAGGGAUUUAGCAACAACAAUAAUAACAACAAGGGAGGCGCUGCUGCCUGUCCGGCCUCUCCUACACCGCCCCCGAAUGGUUCAUAUUCGGACACGCAGAUGUACGAUGCGGAACCUGUAUAUGGGCAACAUCAGCAAUACUCCCAGCCGAGUCAGAUGAGUUUCAGCUCGGGCUACUGA